AUGAGUGACAGCACAAAGAGGGGAGGGCCCAUGCAGGAUAAAGGCAGAAAUUGUGUCAGGAAGGGAGGACUGCCAACCAGAAACCUGAGACAGGCACUGAUGGCAGAGAUGGAAAAUGUGUCGUAUGUACCUUUGAAGCAGCCCAUCGUGUUCACAGUGGAAGGCUUCAUCAUAACCAGGCAGCAGGGGUACCCCCUGUUUUUGGUCUCUCUCAUCGUGUAUGCUGUGAUGCUGCUGGGAAACAUCACCGUGGUUACGGUGAUAGUAGCGGAUGCCAAACUCCACAAGCCCAUGUACAUGAUGAUGUGCAACCUGGCAGCAUGCGAUCUGCUCGGGGGCACGACAGUCAUGGCCCAGCUGAUGCCACACUUCUUAACAGGGUACAACACCAUCGGCUACACAGCGGCCAUUUUCCAGGUCUUCGCUGUGCACACAUACAGCUUGGCCGUCGCCACCAUUCUGUCAGCCAUGGCAUAUGACCGCUAUGUGGCCAUCUGUCAGCCGCUGCACUACCACACCAUCAUGACCACUAGGAGGCUGGUUUCACUGUGUUGUUUUGCCUGGUUUGUCGCUGUCUGCAGAGUCACGAUCCUCCUCAUUCUAACUGUGCAAACGCCACUGUGUGGGACAUUAAUAAUGCAUGUCUACUGCAGUAAUGGAGCCAUUCUGAGGCUGGCGUGCUUACCCACCCCCAUCAACAACAUCUACGAUUUGUGUUCACUUUGGUCCCUAAGAUCCGGGUGCUUCUUAAUCAUUGCUUUUUCCUAUGUCAAGAUCCUCAAAGCAUGCAUCAUCAAACAAGAGAAAAACAGUCGGAGCAAGGCCAUACAGACGUGCGCCUCCCAUCUCACCAUUUAUAUCCUCUUUGAGAUCUCCAUUAUAAUCAUUAUCAUCACCUACAGAUUGCAAGAGUUCAGCCCCAACGCCAAGAAGUUCUGCGCCAUUUUUUUCAUCAUUGUGCCCCCCACAGUCAACCCAAUCAUCUAUGGCAUCGCCACGAAAGAUAUUCGCACAAGAAUUGUGAAGUUUUUAAAAUACACUGUCUCGCCAAAAAAAAGGAAUCCAGCAAGUACCACCCAAAUAUCCAAAUAACAUUUAUAAAAUGUAUUUUUUUGGUUGAGGAAAGUUGGUAAAUGUUUUCAUGUCAUCACAAUUGUGUUUCUAAAACAUCUUCCUACAGAAAAAAGUGUCAUAUGGACCUUUUUUCAAAAAUUACGGUUUGUAGGCUGGCCAAAACAACGAUCAUUGUAAAAACCUUGCUGCAGCAUUGUCAUUCUCCACACCCUUCCAGAACUUCAUUGUAUCCUUGUAAAAAGUCAAAAUAAAGUUUAGUGCCAGCUGAGCAGACGACACUUGAGGUGAAGUCCUACACUGGAUUUCCUUUGCUGAUGAUCAUUUCCUGUAUUGUUCUGGCACAAUUUGAACCAUCCUCCAUCUUUUUUCCCCUAUGAAUCUUUUGCAUUAUAAAAAGCACAUCUAAACUAAU